AUGACCGCAGGUAAGCAGAUCCUUAACGAUAUCGUUGUCCAUGGGGAUGAAGUCUACUGGGAAGAUAUUGUGGGCUUAGAUCUGGCGAAGAGCUCAUUGAAGGAAGCAGUAGUGUACCCGUUCCUUCGACCAGACUUGUUCCGCGGGUUGCGUGAACCUACUCGAGGGAUGCUUUUAUUCGGUCCCCCUGGUACUGGUAAGACGAUGUUGGCUCGUGCUGUGGCCACGGAGCUGAAGUCGACGUUUUUCCUGAUCAACCCUUCGUCGCUCACGUCGAAGUACCUUGGUGAAUCAGAAAAGUUGGUGAGAGCAUUGUUUUUGCUUGCAAAGAAGCUCGCGCCCCUGAUUGUGUUUAUCGACGAAAUCGACUCGUUGCUUUCGCUGCGGGGUGACGGAGAGAACGAGGCCAGUCGUCGGAUCAAGAACGAGUUCUUGGUGCAAUGGUCAGAGCUUUCCGCCGCUGCUGCGGGGCGUGACACCGGUGACGGCGACGUCAGUCGAGUACUUAUCUUGGGGGCGACCAAUAUGCCGUGGCUGAUUGACGAGGCCGCCCGGCGGAGAUUCGUUAGACGGCAGUAUAUCCCCUUACCCGAGCCAGUGACGAGAGUGGCUCAAAUCACUAAGUUAUUGCAAUACCAGAACCACACCCUUAGCGAGGCGGACUUGCUUGAGCUCGAGCGGCUCACCGAGGGGUUCUCCGGGUCCGACAUCACCGCGUUGGCCAAGGACCUGGCCAUGGGCCCGUUGCGACUGUUGGGGGACAAGUUGUUGAUGACGCCCACAGAGCAGAUCCGUCCCAUCAACAUCGAGGACUUCCGCCAGUCGCUCCAGUACAUCAAGCCGUCGGUGUCGCAAGAGCUGUUGUUGGAGUACCAGGAUUGGGCAAAGAAGUUUGGGCUGCUGGGGAAUUAA